UUUGACUGACUCCACCUUGUAUAAAUUCGCCUUGGUCAAAAGUGUAAAAUUCGCUUAUCAAAACAAAUGUUAUUUAAGAGUUAAAAAAUAAUUUUUAUUAACGAAAUUUAUAAAAGAAAAUGUUUAAAAAUCUUCUAAAGCUAAAUGUGGUGAGACCACUCAGACGACAAAGUGAACAAAUUGCUAAUUUUGGAGCUCGCAUGAAAACAACAGAUAGCUUUACAGGAGACUUAAGCAGCACACAAACACACCAGGAACCGACAAAGAAGCCUAUGAAUCCAUUUGCACGUGAAAUAAAUAAAAAUAGUGAUAGUAAAUUGGAUGGUGCAGUACCGUUUAAUAUUAACAAACCGGAGAUAGAACUUACCAAAGAUGAAAAGCAGAAACGUCUAAAAGUUUUACAAUUGGAAGUGGACAUUGCAAAUCAGGAAGGAAGGCGAGUUCCUUCCUUAGACUUCUUUAAGGAUCAUCACUGGGAACAUGUUCUAACGUUAUCAUCCAAAUCAGCUCGUAUAAAAUAUUAUAGCUUCCUGUGGCAAAUUGAAAUGAAAAAAGAAUCAAAACAACGCAAAAAAGAAGAAAGAGCAACCGCAUCUCAGGAGCGGAUGGAGAAGGUGCGCCAGGAGAGAGCCGAAAAUCCUCAUAUUGUUUAUGGAUUAGGUCAUGUUUCAAUGUUUAUGAGAGUUUAUGACUCUACCAUUAAUAAUUGGAUGAAUCACAGACUUAUUAGAGCCAUGCAGUUUUCUCCAAAAAUAGUACUGGACUGCUCAUACGAUGAUUAUAUGACAAAACGAGAAGCAGAAAAUGCUGCAAAACAACUAAUGCUUUGUUUUGCUGAGAAUCGGGCCCAUGAUGAUCCUUUUGACUUGCACUAUUGUAAUGUUAACUUGGACACAUCCUGCAUGAAGAGUUUACAGCGUUAUAUACCUACCAUGUUAAAUCCUGAAUUUCCAAUAAACGUUCACCAAAAAUGUUUUACUGAUAUAUUUCCCAAAGAGAAUUUGGUUUAUUUGACACCACAUUGUCGCACGGAUCUAGUCGAAUAUAAUCCCGACGAUGUGUAUAUAAUAGGUGCUAUGGUGGACACGAUAAAUAAUGAACCCCUGUCAUUGGCAAAGGCCAAGAGACUGGGUCUGCGAAUGGCACGCUUACCUCUUGAUCAUCAUUUGCAAUGGGGUGCGGGCUCCGGAAAAUCCCUUACCCUAAAUCAAAUGGUUAAUAUUAUGUUGGAUCUUAAGCAGACUGGUGAUUGGAUGACAGCGCUACGACAUGUUCCACGUCGAAAGGUGAUCGAUUUAAAAAAAGACGCAGAGAAUUUUCGCUACAAAUUAAAUAAACACGCAAAUCGUAUAAAUAUUCGUAUUGAUCGGUUAUUACAGAAUGAUGAUGGCAGUAUACAACAAAAACAGAAUAGUAAUAUACGUUCUCAUAAGAAUAAUUUACAGUUUAAUUUAUCUACUUGGGGCUCUAAAAAGAAAGAAAGGCAAUAAGAAUAUAAGACUGUUUUUAUUAUUAUAAAAUUAUUUGUUGAAUAUUUGCAUAACAUUUAUAUACAUUCAAGGAAAAAAGUCUACAUACACCCUAUGAUUUAGGGGUUUUAGAGUUCGCGAAGAAAUUUAAAAAAAUUUUUAUGUCAGUAUUUAAGGCAUUAAUAAAUAACUUUAUUUAUAAAAUAAAAAAUUAAAUAAUAUACAUAUGUUUGGCAUCAAUCCAAGUUUUCCAAAAUUGUUAUAAAAAUAAAACAAACAAAGUUCAAGUUUAAAUUAGAGACGAAGAUCUCUUUUUAUUGUAAAUAAAUAUUACCUCGUAGAAGGAA